AUGUCACUCCGAAAUUUCGUUUCCAACUUCUCAUUCCGGGGUGCGGCGUUACAAGGAGUGUGGGGCAAAACCAAGCAGAAACGCCAUCGAAAACAUAGCGUUUGCGCUGGGGGUGCGGAGUUGAGGGCUGCGCAGGUGCUGCACAUAGAAUACGUUUGGUACCGCGAAGUGCGCAGUUGCAAGUUAUCACGGCCAGGAAAACGAGUGAUAUAUCUGCAAAACUGA